GGAAGUAAUCAUUGGACAGAUGACAACAUCAACACGAAUAAUAGCAGCAGCUGAAAUAAGCAUUUGUCUUUAGAGAAAAAACAAAUACAUAUUUGGCUUUCACCGGUAUUCCCACGCCAAAUAAUUUGCGUCGCUCCGGACAUCCAGUUGGGCCGCGCCCCUGGAGACGUGGAAAGUUUGCAGGCGGGACUAAACUCACACACAAUCGCAGAAAGAUCUGGAGCGCUCUGUGGAGAUUAUCAUGGUGUCACGUCUGUCGAGGAUGCAUAUUUCUUUGUUCGGUCUUGUGCUAUUCUCACUUGGCCUGCUCGUCAGUGCGCAGUAUGAAAAAUAUAGCUUCCGAAGUUUUCCUCGACACGAGUUAAUGCCACUGGACUCCGCGUAUCGGCAUGCGCUAGACCAAUACAGUGGAGAAAAAUGGAAGGAGACCGUAGAGUUCUUGGAGGUGAGUCUGCGCCUCUACCGGCUGUUGCGGGACAGCGAGGCCUUCUGCAAUCUAAAUUGCAGCUCUGUGCGCAUCGAUCAGGAGGAGCGCUUCGCUGACUUCCCGGAGCUUCACGCGUUUGGUAACGUUAUGAAGCGCGCGCAGUGCUUGAAGCGGUGCAAGCAGGGUCUACCCGCAUUCCGACAGACCCUCCCCAGCCGUGAAACUGUGGAGGACUUCGAGAAACGUGAACCAUACAAAUACCUCCAGUUCGCCUACUUCAAAAGUGAUAACGUUGCCAAGGCCGUGUCUGCGGCUCACACAUUCCUACUGAAACAUCCCGAGGACGAGAUGAUGAAGAGGAAUAUGGCCUACUACAAGAGCUUGCCUGGUUCUGAUGAUCAUCUGAAAGACCUGGAGAGCAAGUCUUACGAGACCUUAUUUGUGCGUGCAGUGCGGGCAUUCAACGGGGAUAACUUCCGCACGUCCAUAUCGGACAUGGAACUGGCCCUUAGGGACUACAUCAAGGUGUAUGAUGAGUGCCUGGCAGCCUCGGAAGGUCCCAGAGAAAUUAAAGACUUCAAGGACUUCUUCCCCUCCAUUGCAGCUCAUUAUUCGGAGGUCCUGGAGAGGAAGGUGCGCUGUGAGGCUGAACUGAACCCAGUGGUUGGAGGCUUUGUUGUUGACAAAUAUGUGGCGACAAUGUACCAUUACCUGCAGUUUGCAUACUAUAAGUUGGAUGAUCUAAAAAACGCAGUGCCGUGUGCCGUGAGCUAUCUGCUGUUUGACCCUGAGGAUGAGGUGAUGAAGAAUAACGUGGUCUACUACCGAUACCAUCGGGACAAAUGGGGGCUCGGCGACGACGACUUCCAACCAAGAGCGGAGGCCAUUCGAAUACAUAAUCAGACCACCAUGCAAGCACAGAUGUUAGAGUUCUCUCGUCAAAAACUACUGGAUGAUGAUGAGGGUGAAGUGUUGGAGUUCCUAGAUGAGUUCCUGGAUUCUGAGGAUAAAUAAUAUUUAUUUAGAGAAACUGAAAAUCACACUGUCUACCAGCACACUCUUAUACGGAAUCCCAUUGGCACACACACAGCCAUGCACACACGACCACACACAGCCAUGCACACACUCCCACACACAGUCAUACACACAGACCCACACGCCACAGAUUUAGCGUUGCAGGAUCAGCCACACGCUCCUUGCCUUACCGACAGUGUCCAAAAAAAGCCUGAGAGACCCUCCUCAUUGUGAACCUAGUUCUGAUAGAGACUAAAUGUAGGCACACACAUACAAGUUAUUCUCAUGCACUGCUGAUCUAAAACCGGGUGCCUUUAACAGCUCCAAAGGAACAAGCACGUUCUCAGUGGUCUGUCUUGGAGCCUCAUUUCUGAUAGGGGGGGGGGGGGGGGCGAUAGCAGAGAUGUUUAUGAGUUGCUGAAGAGAGCCGAAGUUCCUUUUUAUCAUUUCAUCUUUUGGUGCACCUCUUUCAGGGACACUUGCUGAAUACAAUGGAAUGAUUAGGUGUUUCUGAUUCUGUGCAAUUUCAAGUGAAAGUCCUUUCUGUGAUGUACAGUGUUAAAAUAAAAGGCGUUUGUUAAA